GCAGGCGCGCUUCGCGUGGCCGCGGGGCGCGGGAGCCGCAGGGCCGGCGGUUGACUCGGCGUGAGCCGGGUCUCUGCGGAAACCUCCGGGGUCGCUUGGAUUCGGGUUUCGCGGGACACGUCAGGAAGGAAGUAUUGGUGUUUCCUUCAUCAGACCAGAGAUGCCUCUCUUUGGGAAUAUAUUCAGUCCGAAGAAGACACCUCCUCGGAAGUCAGCUUCUCUCUCCAACCUGCAUUCUCUGGAUCGUUCAAUGAGGGAGGUGGAGCUGGGCCUUGACUAUGGAACUCCCACCAUGAACCUGGCAGGGCAAAGCCUGAAGUUUGAAAAUGGCCAAUGGAUAGCAGACACGGGAAUUAGUGGGGGUGUGGACCGGCGAGAAACCCAGCGCCUGCGCAGGCGGAACCAGCAGUUGGAGGAAGAGAACAAUCUCUUAAGGCUGAAAGUGGAUAUCCUGCUGGACAUGCUUUCAGAGAUCACUGCUGAAUCUCACCUAAAGGACAAGGAACUGGAUGAACUGAAGAGUGUCAGCCGGAGGAGGAAGUGAAGACCCUGAGACAUCUUAGGAGAGCGGGAAGAUUCCACUGGCCAGGGGAGGAGGGUGGAGCUGGCACUUUGUUUUUAGUCUAGUAGACUUGUCCUGGGAGAGCAUCAGUGGGCACUGGUACAGGGAGGUGACAUGGGAGGAAACCAAGGUGCCAGGCCAUGCAGCAGCUCGGGAGACGCUCCAGUCUGAAACAGACACUAGGUAGGUCUGGGGGCUGGUAGUCUGGGGAUGAUUGUCACAUGUGAGAGCCUUCCUAAUAUGUCACCUAGCUAACUGUGUUGGGAGCAGCAGCUGGACUUCAUAGUCUCACCCCCUAAUACUGGUGUUUGGUUUAUGACACCAGUUCCAAAGAGCCCUGUAUUGGGGGUGUGUAGUGAACAGCUAAGUUGUCUGCACCAGGGCCAUGGUCUCCCUGCCUGUGAAGAAUAUUUGUCCCUCAAGUCCCAGCCCCUCUGGCUUCAGCUUCCCAGCAGCAAGUGCCAGCCUUCCAUAGAACACUGUGUUUUGUUACUUUGCUGUUUAUAAUGUGGAAAAAAAAUGGUGUUAAAUACUGUGCGUGUGUGACCAAAAUGGCUGAAAAAAGUCAUCAUGGGUUCAUCAAGUAA